UUCCCAGCCUCGUGACCGAUCCUUGGCCCUUUCUGCCUCUCCCUAUAUAUAGGUAUAAUAUAAUCCAAAGGCAACGGAGCCGUGAUCGCCGCCUAAUUAGCGUGGACGGGAGGAGACGAGGAGAGACCCCGGCGAAGAGCAUGGAGAAUUAUAAGACACUGGACCAUUGGACUCCUCCUCCAGACUCGAGCAGCAGCAGGAGUGGGAUAUGGCUGGUGCAUCUGAGCAAACGCUUGAAGAAUCGAGUGUUUCGUCCCAGGAGGAGUUGCUGCAAACUACUACAUUGGAAAGAGAGCUCAUGAGUCAUGACACCAUUGAAGCCCCGCCACCAUCAGUGUGUCGCCCUGAAACCAUUUGGGUUGUGCGACCCUCUGACUGGGGCAUCGCGUUUUACAUCAGGAUGGAUCGCGAGGGGUCUUUCCAUACAUAUCCUCAUGUAUUGCCCUGUCCCCGUCUCUGAAGACGACGACGAGGAUGCUGUCUCUGUCUCCGAAGACGACGACGACGACGAGGAAGCCGUCUUCGAGUGGUCAAUCGGCGCCUGCCGUGACGGAUUCGUUGUUCUCGACAACUGGAGCACCCGGCAGGUGGCCGUCUACAACCCGCUCAGGCGGACCAUGGACCUCUUUCCCCUGCCGCCCCACGGGGACGACUGCGAGGGCUUGCAUUUUGAUCACCACAUUCUCGCCGAAGAAGAAGACAGCCGGUCGUCGUACCGUGUCGUCUGCGUAUGGCAUGGCGAACGCGGGGCGCGUGCUGACGUCUUAUCAUCGGACACCAAGACGUGGCAAGUCUUCCCAUGGGCAAACAUCGACGGGCUCUGGCCUCAGCGUGGUAAGCUGGUGAAUGGUCACAUCUAUUGGACCGUUGGAAUGCCAACAGAUGCCCGUGUGCUCAACACCGCUACGAUGCAAUUCUUUCGGAUGGAUAUGCCGCCGAGCAGCAGAGUUAAUGAAAUGUUGACGGCCGGCGAGACCAAGGAUGGAAGGCUUUGUGUGGUCUUCGCACCUAAUGUACAACUGAAUUCGAAAUCCGCGCUCGUUGUUUGGACAUGGAGAGCCGAUGAUGACAAUGGUGUCGAGAGAUGGAUGCAGGACAAGUCGCUUCCGUUGCAGGAGAUCCUUGGGAUUGUUCGGUGUGAUUUCAGAGAUGAUGUUAAAAGAAUUGAAGUGAGUGUCAAGGCGAUCAUCGAUGGCUUUGUGUACUUGUCUGCUUAUUGUGGGAGGUGGCAGCAUCAUCAUUCAACUCGCUGGCUACUAUCCUUCUGCAUGGAAACAGCGGAGCUGAAGAACCUUGGUCGUAUCAUUCAUGGGGCUUCCUAUCCCUACAUCAUGCCAUGGCCUCGUUCUCUGGUACACAGCAAGCCAACCAGCUUAUCCAGUUAAAGGCUAUGUGAGCUACGUUCAAAUAUCAUGGAAGUGAUAUAUAUUAAGCCGAGUCAUUGGAUUCCUCGAGGCAAGA